AUGGAGGAUAGUUUGAGUGUUAAAUCGAACGAAUCAAUAGCAACUAGUGAAGAAUUCGAUUUUGUUGGAGAUAAACCAGGUGCAAGCAAAACACCUACACUUGAUUUCAAGAACGGUGAUUUGAAUGAACUAACAAACGCACUCACAGAAGUUUUACAAGAACCAGAUAACAAUAUGAAUGCUGUUAUUGAUCAUGGUGCUACAAAAAUUGGUCAUAGUACCUUUUAUGGAAGUCCAGUAGAACUAGGAAAAGACCCUCUGAGCUUGGACGGUUUGUCUCCCACUGAGAAACAGGAUCCAAUGAAACCUGAUGCAAGUUCUGAGGAAGAAUACAGUAUUUCAGAUGUUGAUCAAGAAUGUACCAUUUUCUCAGGAGUUACAUAUCUUGGAGCAGCAGCCAUUAAUGCUCCGAAGUCUGAGGCUGAAAUACAGCGAAAUAUGACAAUAUUGAAUGAACAAAGUACUGAACAGGGAAUAAAAAUUUCUGUAUCAGUACCCUCAUCAUCUCAAGGUCUUGUUAUACUGUAUGACGCAAACACCAAUUCAGUUAUCAGUCGCUACGAGAUACACCGCAUUCUAUUUUAUGCCCGUGGAUCUGUAGAAAGUAACGAAGCUGGCUGUUUCGCCUUCACCUGGUCUCAUGGAGAUACCCAAGAAUCUGCCAUAUUUCAGUGUCACAUCUUCCGAUGCGAAAUCGCCGAGGCUGUCUCACGGGUCUCGGCAUGUUUUGCUAAGGCUUUCCAGAGAGUACCGAGGUCCAUGAGUAGUUCAGUGGUUUCGACAUUGGAUAUGGCAGGUUCAGUCACUACUAUCUCCGAGGUUCGCACACUGAUGUACGUGUUUGAGGUUAAUUUGGAAAUCAAGGAAGACGAUGGAAAAGGAUCUCUCUAUUCUGUUGGGAAAGAUAAAAAUGGAUUCAAAUUGAAAGCUAACAUUGAAAAACAGUUGUGUUUUGUUAUUCGGCAAGUGUCCGAUAAUGGACCUCAGUUAUGCAUUGAACGAUGUUUUGGGGUAUUGGUGGCAGCUGGACGACAUGUUAAACACUCGGACAUGCAACUGCUCGAAAUGAAGGAACAAAUAGGUUUGGGCACAACGAUUCAGGAAAAGAAUUGCUCAACUAUAUCAGCGGAUUGGGACCCUAAAGAAGCCACAUUCAGGCCUCUAAACGUAGAGACGCCAAAAGAUACAAAGCAGUACAUGACCGUCGCUUUAGACUUAGUGAUUAGAGGUAUACAAGAGCCUGUCAGAUUCUUAAUAGAGACUACUGUUCGAGUAUUUGCACCGAAUGAAAGAAACUUUUCGUAUUUUAAUAGGAAGACGUUGGUACAGCAAUUUUAUCUGAAUUUGAAAGAGGUUGUUUCUGAUCUGAAUGACGUCUAUUAUGAAGUUUUGAACAUGGAAACGUCCGGAGAACUAGACAGAAAUUUGCUGAAUCUCAAUCUGAAUUUAACCAGUUUAAUACCAUCACCUAGUAUAACGUCCAUUGACACAAUCACCCCUAAGGAAGAAUAUAAUUCAGACGGUGACGAACCCCUAUUGAGUGGUACUGGUCUAGUAUCAAAAGAUUGUGCUGAGGACGUCUUAGAGAAUUGGGCAGAUGUUUUGCUCAAGUGGAAGUCGACCAAACAGAAACCCAAGCAACUGUCUGGGCUAGUAAGGCUGGGUAUACCUGAAGCACUCAGAGGAGAGGUAUGGCAAAGACUAGCAGGAGUGGAGGAACACACAGAAAUGAUGGAGAAUUAUAGAGUACUCAUAACAAAGGAAUCCAGCUGUGAAAAUGUUAUCCAAAGAGAUAUAGCUCGUACUUUUCCAGCACACGACUUCUUCAAAGAAGUCGGCGGUCUAGGCCAGGAUUCUCUCUAUAGAGUUAGUAAAGCAUAUGCAGCAUAUGAUUCAGAAGUUGGAUACUGUCAGGGAUUAAGUUUUUUAGCAGCUACCCUUCUUCUACAUAUGCCUGAAGAACAAGCUUUUUGCAUUUUGGUGAAAUUGAUGUAUGAUUAUGGUCUGAGAGAUUUAUACAAAGAUGGCUUCGAUAAUCUAUAUCUUAGACUCUUUCAACUGAAUAAGCUUAUGGAGGAACAACUCACUCCACUGUGGGAUCAUUUUGUUGAGCAUCAUAUUGAGACCCAUAUGUUUGCUUCUCAGUGGUUUUUGACAUUGUUCACUGCCAGGUUCCCCUUGUACUUUGUUUUCCAUAUCAUCGAUAUAUUUUUAUUACAAGGAAUCGAUACACUGUUUCAAAUAGCUCUUGCUUUAUUGAUGGUAUGUAAGAAAGAUCUUCUACUAUUAGACUUUGAAGGUAUAUUGAAAUACUUCAGAGUUUCAUUGCCGAAAAAGUGCAGGACCGAAGAGGCAGCUAAGCAGCUCAUCAAAUUAGCUUGCAGUAUAAAAGUAAAAAAAUUGAAGAAAUAUGAAAUUGAGUUCAUGGCAUUGAAGGAGGCUGCAGACAAUGCGGAGAAAGAGGCUAGCGAAGUGGAACAGCUCCGGGAAACAGUUUUGAGAUACGAGGAAGAAAGGAAGUUGAUGAUGGAUGAGAUUAGUCAGUUGAAAGAGAUUCUGAAAAGGGAAGUGAACCAGGCGGAAUCCGAUAAGAAGAACAAUAUGGCAAUUAUCAAUGAUUAUCAGGUGAUACGGCAGAGGAUGGAUACACAAUUACAAACAUGUAAAAUGGCGCUUUCUAAUUAUAAGCUGAUAACGUCUAGUUGUGAGAACUGUUCUUCAAAUCUAGCAAAAUCUAAUUCCGAACAUAAAUCGCCAUCUGAGGACCAAAUCAGUAACGAAGAAAGACUUAGAGAACUAGAAUUAGAAUUAGCCCAAACCAAACUGGCGCAUGUUGAAGCAGAAUGUCGUAACCAGAAUUUGACACACCAACUAAGAUCUGGUGUGCUACUCAGGUAUCUUGAAUUCGUCUUUUCUACGUCAUUGCGAGUCUAUACUCGCACCAAAAUGAUCACGGCGACUCGGGCGAACUGA